AUGGGUGGCGAACCUGCGAGCUCCGUGAGAGAACGCCUUACUCACGCUCAACCGCAGCAGCGGGAGUUGUCGAUUACAAGAAAGAAAAAUGGUGGCUCGGCCGGAUCUGACUGGAAAUUUAUGGGGACUGUCUUUACACACGUAAGUUCCGGGAACAACAGUUUGUGGGGCGUCAACAAUGCUGGUGCUAUUUACCAUCGCAGUGGUAUAUCGGACGCGACUCCAUACGGGACUAGAUGGGACCGCGUAGCCGGUUCCCUCCUACAGGUCAGCGUAAACUCGGUCAACAACGAGGUGUGGGGCAUCAAUGCGAACUCCGUGGUAUACCGACGACGUGGUAUAACGGCGACUAAUCACAUGGGCACGAGCUGGCAGGCAAUUGACUUUAUAGAGGCAAAGUGGGUGUCCGUUGGCCAGGCAGGAGUUUGGACGACGAGUAACACGAACGAGGUUUUCUACAGGACCGGCACGGGCAACGGGGUCGGCGGUGAAGGUAUAGAUGAUACACAUGGGAAUGGAACAGAGUGGCAGCGCGUUCCCGGAUCCCUCACACAAGUCAGUGUCAGUUCAGCGUCAAACUACGUGUGGGGAUUAAACGGUCAAAGUGUGUAUCGGCGUAUGUUCUAAGCCUUACUUAACUAAUGCCCUGUGCAACUUUCACUUUAAAGUCUCUUGUUUCUUGUGCAUGAAUAUUUGAGGGCAUUUAUGCGUUUUUGUGGCGUGUAUGCGUGCGCGCGUGCGCGUGCAUGAGUGUCAGAGAGCGCGCACUUGCAUGUGAAUGUGCGCGCGUGUGCGUCUGUGCGUACGAGCAGGCGUGCA